CAGUGGCUAGAUGGGCGACACAGAUCGUAUUGACUCUCCUGCUGCAUCAUUGUUGCGAUAGUCGCGUGCCUGGAAUCGUUCGUCAACUUCGGAUAUCUUCAAAGGUCUAGAUCAAGCAGUUAGCGGCUCCAGACUCGAUUGUCAGUAGUACCAUCAUCGACAAAAUGGCGACCCAAGUGCAGACGACCACCAAGACACAGCUCAACGGCGCGCCUCGAAAACCCGCCGCCCCUCGUGCUGCGCCAGUGAAGAAGAGCACAACGGCCACAGCAGCCAAGAGAGCGCCGCCCAGCAGCGCCCACAAGCCCGCAGCUCAUACGCAGAACAAGGCAGCAUCUGUAGCGGGCGAGAAUCCAGCGAGCGGGGGAGGCGUGACUUCAGCAUACGCCAUCAUGGCCAGCAGGAUCGCAAACCGUGUCGCAGAGAUGGCCGAGAGCAUCACGUUUGUCGAGAGACCUAAACCUUCCGAAGCAGACCCGGAACCCGUCGAGCAGGAGAAGAGGAGGCCACGGAAGCUGGAGAUGAGACUCAACAACAGCGCCGCCGACUCUGUGGCCUUCUCAGCCCCCUUCCUCGACAACACACUGCAGAAGAUGCUGCAGCUGCAGAACAGAAUGCUCAAGACUACGGCGGAUCUGUCGAAGAGCGAGGGCGUUGACGAGAAGAUGGUGAAAGAGCACGCGGCGCAGAGUGCGGAGUUGAGCCGGAUUAUUGCGCUGAUAUGUGCUGAGAAGGCAAGACAAGGCGCGUAGACGCUGGAGAAGCAAAAAGAAAAGGAUCACGAGGGCGCACGGAGUUGGGAUGUAGACAUACUCGCAGCAACGACAAACAUUUACAGCUUAAUUGGGCACAGCAGGCCGGACACGUAGGAUAUGAACGACACAGCAUUUUCGAUGUCAGAACUAUCACGCC